AUAUUUUAAGACAUGUAGCCGAGGCUGUCCUUAACCCUAAUCUCUCUCCGCCUCGGGACUCAGACUGCAGUGGAUGCAGGCGGCAGGAGCUUUCAGCAGAGGACACCUGAGAUCAAAUAGUCUGCGCGACUCCUGGGGGAGACAAGCCCCGGAGGAGGUCGGCGUCCACUGGGAUCGACGGAAACAAUCAACCCCCGAGACCAGUCAAGAGGAGCAGCCAUGCUCGGCGGCGAAGGGGAGAGCAGCACUUUUUCUUCUCCGAAGGAAGCAGCGGAUGAGAGGCGCAAGUCUCCAGCUGCGGAUGGCGACGAUCGCAUCAGGUACACGGAAAACGGGAUGGGUGCUGACCGGUACUACAUCCCUCCAAUAGUUUCCAAACAAAGCCCAGAGACGUCCAGUCCCUGCGCUUUCAUCCCAUACACCCCCGGUGGGACGGUUUACACCCCGUCCGGCGCUGGCAGGUACCCCUCAUCUCUCCACCUGGGCUCCGUGUUGCCUCCCGCGGGGUUUUCGUCCUCCACGGCCGGCCGCGGUCACUUCAGCUCGGCUUACCAGCUCGGGCAUAGCGCCGGCUGCAUCUACCCACCCUACACCGGCUCGGGUUCGGCUCUCAGCAGCAUGACCCUACCCACCGCCGGCCCAGGGAUGAGGGCCCAGGUCUACCUCUGCAACCGGCCGCUGUGGCUCAAGUUCCACCGGCACCAGACCGAGAUGAUCAUUACCAAGCAGGGCAGACGGAUGUUCCCGUUUCUCAGCUUUAACAUGGCCGGUCUCAACCUGGCAGCGCACUACAACGUCUUUGUGGAGGUGGUGCUGGCGGAUCCAAACCACUGGAGAUUUCAAGGUGGCAAGUGGGUCACCUGUGGGAAGGCGGACAACAGCAGCCAAGGGAACAAAGUGUAUAUCCAUCCAGAGUCUCCAAACACAGGGGCCCACUGGAUGAGACAAGAAAUCUCCUUCAGCAAACUGAAACUCACCAACAAUAAAGGAACCAGUCACAGUGCUUCACAGAUGAUUGUCCUGCAGUCGCUGCAUAAGUACCAGCCGAGGCUGCACAUCGUGGAGGUGACGGAGGACAGGGUGGAGGACGUUAACAGUGACGCUAAGACCCAGAGCUUCACUUUUCCAGAGACCCAGUUUAUUGCCGUCACUGCCUACCAGAACACUGAUAUCACACAGCUGAAAAUUGAUCACAACCCUUUUGCCAAGGGAUUCAGAGAUAAUUAUGAUUCGAUGUACACAGCUCCAGAGAAUGACCGCCUCACCCCAUCUCCAACUGACUCGCCACGUGCCCACCAGAUUGUCCCCGGCGCCCGCUACGCCAUGCAGCCCCUCUUCCAGGACCAAUUUGUCAACAACCCCCCCCAGAAUCGCUUCUACAACAGCGAGAGAGCAGUACCGCAGACCAACAGCCUCCUCUCUCCUCAGACUGAAGACGGAGCUUCGCAGAGGUGGUUUGUCACCUCCAUGCAGCAAGGGGGAAACAACCCUAGCACCAGCAACAAGCUAGAUCUGACCCCCUAUGAGGGUGAAUACUCAAGCUCCCUGCUUCCUUAUGGUAUCAAAUCCCUGUCCAUGCAAACAUCCCACGCUCUCAGCUACUACCCAGACUCUCCUUUCACCAGCAUGUCCGCAGGGUGGGGGUCCAGAGCAGCAUACCAGAGGAAGGUCACUCCGGGUCUGCCUUGGUCUCCCAGACCCAGUCCCACUGCUGGUUUCCCAGAAGACUCAGACAAAGUUAAACCACAGAUAGAGGACGAGGUGAAUGGCAGUGGAGGCCUGAUCUCCUCGUGGACAGAGACACAGCCAUCGGCUCUUUCCCUUGACAAGGCUGAUUCUUAUUCCACGGCCUGCAAAAGAAGGCGCUUGUCUCUUAAUGGUCCAAGCACAGAGGACUCAGCCGCUGACAUCAAGUGUGAGGACUUAGCCGCAGCUGCCGCCAACAGUAGCUCCUAUAGCAAAGAGACCCCCGCAUCCAAAGGCAUGUCAGCUUACUAUUCCUUUUACACAAACCCUUGAAUGAUUUGUCUCUGAAAAGUAUGGCCUUGUGUUGUUAUUUGGUUGUCCUUCAUCUUCCACCGUGAAUAAGAAAGAUUAUUUAGCUUUUUUUGGUAUGUGUGCACCCAUAAUUUGUCUUGGUGGUGAAAAAUGUUUUUUUGCUCCUGUGGUGACACAGGAAAUAUCAAGGACACAUUAAAAUAUUGACAUUAAAAGUCACGAGACAUGUAUGUGCCAUGGCAAGCAUUGCCACUUUGAGAUGUAAGCUUAUUUCGUCUUUCUAAAGUCUCUCCGUUUUCCUGGAUUUUAUAUUUUUUGAACACCCCAUUUCUGUAGUUCUGUAUCUGCAAACUUGAAAGUGCCAAAGCAUUUGUUUAAGUUACCCCAUUUUUAUAACAGUAUUAUGUAUGUUUUAUUGUUGCAUAACAUUCCUGUAUCUGGCUUUCCACUGAGAUUAUGUGUUUACAAAUUAUUUAUUGAAGGCCUGUUAAAAUGAAAUUUGUGCACUCUUAAAUGUGAGAAUGCUUUGCUGUAUAUACUUUCAUUGCAAUGUUCAGG